AUGUAUUACCUCGUGAACAUGGGCAGUUUAUAUCACAGCAAGGAUUCACAACAGACUAAGCUCCUGAUCUGGUUUUCCAGCGAGAUGGACUUGAGGAAGCACUACAAAAAAUUCCUAUUCAUGUUAUCCAGCGCUUUCGCCGUAUACUUUUUCAAAAAAUACGUGUACAAAAAGGUGUUCUAUACGACGAAAGUGAAGAAAAAGGAACCUCUCACCGAGUUCCCCACGGUGGAGGACAUCCAGAAGUUCAUCGAGGAGUUGCCCUUCGACGCGCUGAAAAUGAACCAGGAAAUCACGCUGAAGGACCUGUUGGGCGAAUUGUCGGAUUUCAGCGAGGACGAAGAAUGGAAGGAAUUAAUCGCCAGCAUCGAUACGAUGUAUAACAAACAUCCUAAAUUCGAUCAAGGAUCGUUAAAUGUUUCGAAUUGCGCGUAA